GUUGUGGGUGUGGCUUAUUCUGCUGCCUCUCGUACGGUGUUUUUCGACGUUUGCCUGAGUUUGAGUUGUGUUGUUCGCCAUGCCACGGAGCGGGGGAGCCUCGAAGGCGAGCGAGCAGCUCUCCCAGCCCUCCUCGGAGCGAGUGCCGUGUCCCGACGAUCGCCCGGACUCCGAGGAGGAAGACUCGGACACAGAGAUCAUGGAGAUCAGCGACAACGGCCGCUACCAGAAGAUGAUAGACCAGGUUUCUCGAGAUGUCCCGGGGAUCGAUGCGGCUCACCUGGCAAUGGACACAGAGGAUGGGGUGGAGGUGGUGUGGAAUGAAGUCAGGUACUCGAGCAGGAAGGCAGUCGCUGCCAGCAAGGAGGUGCUGGUGAAGAUCCUGAAGCGACUGACAGAGAUGCAGCAUCCCAACAUUGUCAACUUCAUGUCGUUCUGGCACGACAAGGUGUCCAAUCAGGAUCGGCUGGUGUUUAUAACGGAGCACAUGACGUCAGGCAGUCUGCUCCACUUCCUGCUGAAGGCCAAGAGACCAGCUGCCGGGAAGACUAGCGUCAGUGACAAGAUGUGGAGAAGAUGGUGCAGACAGAUUCUGUCAGCUCUAAGUUACCUCCACAAGAACGACAUAGUCCACGGUAACCUGUCUCUGGCCUCCAUCUUCAUCCAGCACAACGGAGCAGUCAAGAUUGGCUCUGUGUCACCAGACGCCAUCCACGAGCAUGUCAAGACAAAGCAGUUGGAGCACAAGGCCAGACUCCACUACACUGCCCCUGAAUAUGCCGGUAAUGCUCCCAUUGGAACCAGUGCUGAUAUAUACUCCUUUGGUGUGUGUGCCCUCGAGAUGUUAAACCUGGAGCUACUGGCGGAGGGCAGAGGAGUAGUAAGGAGAGAAGACAUUGACAACACUCUGUCCAAGUUGAGACCGGAGCGAAGGCAACAGUUCAUAGCAGAGUGUCUGUAUGAGGAACCGGCCAAGAGACCCUUGGCCUCGCUUUUCAUAAAACACCCCUGUACUUCAGGAGGUGUUUGAACUGAAGGUCCUGAGUGCCUUGGCUCUCCGGAGAUUGAGAAUCCCACGAGCUGAGCUAGAGGCUCAUAUCGAUAGCAAGAGCUACAGUCACAGACAGAAAGAAGAGGUUCUGGCAAAUGCGGGCGGUGCUGAAUGGAAAGUGGAGAAUGUACCACCGAUGGACUGGGAGAAGUAUCUGGAGGAAAUAGAGUUGGACGUAAUGGAGGAGCCACAUAAAGUCAGCAAGUUUCACUCCACCCAGAAGGAAGAGGACUCCACCAUGAUGAACACCCCUCGAUCCCGUGGCUGUACCAGCGAGAGAAACUCGAUGCAGUACGAGAAUGAGACCAGAGUGAUAGAGGAAAUUGCAGGAACAGUGAGAAAGAGCAGUGAUAAGACAGAGUUGUGUCUCCAGUUGACCUUCACUGACAGGAUGCAGCGCGGACUCAAGACUGAGUUCAAAGAAGGUGACAGUGGAGAUGCACUAGCCAUGGACCUGGUAUUCAAUGGUCUCAUCAGUGAGACUGACAGAGAGAGGGUGUCGGCCUACAUAAAUCAGAAGAUAGGACACCCAGUCUCAUGAUGUCAUUACUAUAGAUACCUCGUUAAAGUACUUCAACUGUUAUAUUAUCACUGUAAUUAGAAUCAUUCCCCUCACUUUGUAAUGUCUUACAGUAGCGGAUGACCAAGUACCAAUAUACCUGC